AUGGCUUGUACUAGUUCUGAGGCUUGGGCUUGUGGGUUUUAUUUUCGUCUCUCUCUCUCCCCCCCUUAUACUAUCCACUUUCUCUUUUCUUCGCUGUCGAUCCAGCUGGCUGCGCAUCUUGAUCUUCCCGUUGGUUCCGGAAAAGGAUUUUUUUCUGUUGAGCAGGGAAUCGAACAAGGAAGGAGGAAGAAGAAGAAAAAGAAAACAAUAAACGCAAUACUUCGCACAAGCAUGGCUUUUUUUUUCCCGGACUUAGGGGCGAUCCUGCUGCAUGGAAUGAUCAUCUGGCUGCACAUCGAUCAUUCUUUAGAGUAG